GCAGAGUAAUUCCCUUUGCCUUGAGGACUUCGCUUCAGUCUCGUCCUCGCUUCGUGUGCCAGACAUGUUCGCGUCACGAAUGGUGUGGUCAGCACUAGUGUUGUCUCUGAUGGUGGCACUCGCAGCCUCUGCCGCCACCUGGGACCGCUCCUUCCGCGAUGAGGAAGAGCCGCCGAAGUUCCUGCCUCCUUCUUCCCCCGACUCCUCUGCCGUGGCUCUCCCCAGGACCCUGCCUCUCCCCGCGGACGAGGACCACAGCCUCAGCAAGCGCUCCGGAUACUACAACUCGUGCACGGGCGUCUACGACCGCGAACUCAUCGCCAGGCUCGACCGCGUGUGCGAGGACUGCUACAACCUCUACCGCGACGUCGAGGUGGCUGUGGGCUGCAGGAAAGGAUGUUACCACAACGAAGUGUUCCUGUACUGCGUGGACUACAUGUUCCGGCCUCGCCAAAGGAACCAGUACCGGGCCGCCCUGCAGAAGCUCGGCAAAUAGGCGGUUCCUCUCCGGCCACACCUUCUGCAGAGACGCCCGCCUUGCGACCUCCAGACGACAAACUCUAGACUCUUCUUUGGUUCUCCUUAUAUUACCAAAUGAAUGGAACUCCAAACUAUGAUUUGAAAACACGGAUGUUAAAUAUCGAAGCCGUCAAUUUCCUUUUCUUUAUUGUAAUUAUUUAGCAUGUAAAAGUAAAAUGCUACUGAGAGAUCAUUUGUAAGAGUAAAAGAUA